AUGAAUCCCGUGGAGAAUUUGAAGAGCCCUUAUCGAACCUUGAACGAGCAGGUGUUGAAGCCGAUUCUGCGGCUAGACACGCCGACCGUCCCCGAGAAGGUGCAGACCACACCGGAGCUGGUCGCCUAUGGCCUCCAGCUGGCGCCGCCAGGCUCCGAGGUGCCAGUGGCAGUGGUCAGCAGCGACUUCAACAAGAACUCCGCCAGGCUGCUCAUUGUCAUACCAGGACCAGGGGCGGCCUCCUGCUGGGAUGCGGAGUUAGAAAAGCUGGGCUACGUCGAGCCCCUGCUUCGCUGGGCCGAGGCCAACGGCUAUGCCAGUGCGUUCUUCAGCCACCAGGUUCAAGAGGCCCUCGCGGAUCGUUGGUUGAAGGGCUCAUGGGUUCGCUCCCAUCGCUCCCUGCCGGAGUUUGAAUUAGAAUUCGGCGCUGAUUUGCGGUGGGUGUACAUCGCCAACGAGCGUGCCGAUAGUGCGGCUGGCAAGGUAAGUACGUGGUUGGACGCUAGGCAUAACCUUCGCACUUGGGGUGACAUUUUUCGUACUACUGAUGCCCGUUGUUGGAACGUGCUUCGUUUCCUCACCAAGCUGAUUCUCCAAGCACCACGACACCUCAAAACUUUUGGCCCUCGGCUCAUCUUCCGCAGCUCCAUCCCCAGCAUAGCUGGCAGCACUUUUCUGGUGCUACCUUCUCGCGAUGCGCCCUUUGUGGGCUUAAAGUCCACGGAAGCCGGCGGGGUCGGGGGCUCGCUGCGCUCCCAUGCUGUCGAACCACCAUGGAUUGGGUUGGCCUUGGCCUUCAUCCCUCGCAUGAGUUAG